AUGUCUGGCUCCCCACCGCGCGAGGAACUACUCCACAACGCAGUUCUCUUCCUGAACGAUCCGCAAGUCCAGACGUCCUCGCUCGCCUCGAAGAUCACCUUCCUCGAAGGGAAGGGUCUGAACGAGGAUGAGAUACAAGAGGCACUGCGGCGCGCUCGGAGUGGCCACAGUGGCGGUGCUUCAUCAGCACCAGUAGCUGGGCCGAGUCGCGGGUAUACACAGACACAAGCAGGAUAUGGGUAUGAGCAGGGGUUUGGGCAGAGGAUGAUGCCGCCCGAGGUGCCUAAGCGGGAUUGGAGGGAUCUAUUCAUCAUGACUGUCAUAUCCGGGGGAGUAGUAUAUGGCAUGUCCGUACUGGCCAAGAAAUAUCUUCUACCUCAUCUUCGCCCACCUUCCAGCUCUUCGUUCCAACAAACCUCCUCCUCCCUAUCUGAGCAAUUCGCAGAAGCCGACCGGCUCCUCAACGAUCUCCAAGCAUCGACGACAAAGCUACAAGAAACGCUGGAUAGCGACCGGGAGCGCGUGACGGCGGUAGUGGAAGGUGUUGAAGAGGCGACGCGGAUGGUGAAGGAUGGAGAGGAGAAGUGGAGGGAAGAGAUGCGAGAAGUGAGGGGCGAAGUGGAGAGUCUGAGAGAGCUGGUCCCGAGGCUCAUCGAGAAACACGCUACAUCCCAGUCAAACUCGCUACAAGACCUUCAGUCCGAGCUCCGUUCGCUCAAGACCCUCCUCCAGUCUCGCCAAUCGGCGGCACCAGCUUCUGGCAGUACUGGUACCGGUACCGGCACCAGCGGAUCAGCCUCGAACGGGAUCAGCUCGACUCAGGAGGCUGCCAACAAGCUUUUACUGCCCAAAGGCAAGGGAAUUCCGGCGUGGCAGAUGGCGUCGAGCAGCGGAGGGAGCGUGAGCGGAGCGUCGACGCCGAGCGGGUCUGGGUCGAUGUCUGGGAGCGGGAUGCUGGAAAAGGAGGGCGAGUCGGCGAGGGAGACUUGA